CGAACAACCCCGCUCAUAAUAUGCCAAAUAACAUGGUAGCCUAACCAUAAGAACGGUAACAACUGUAUUAACAACUGUACUACUUAUGAGGCCUAAUCAAUAAUUAUAUUUUGGACUGAUAACGCUACGGGGCUGUAGGGGCCGAUUGCUCUCCGUCUUUCCUCAUUUCGGUGGGAAGAGACUGGGGUUUGGGAUUACUGGAGAAGACCAUCUGUAUGCACUUCCCAGCACUUCCGUGGUCGGAGUAUCCUGCCGUUUUCUCAGAAACUCGGGAAUCGUACGCGAUGGAUGAAUGCUAAAACCACCUUUUGUUUCCCCCAUUUUCCGUUUCUUUUACUUUCCAUUAACUGUUAAAGGCGUUUUUAAAUCCCAUUGUCUCAGGACAAGACCGGUUUACAAUCAUAAAAACAUCUUUCCUUGCCGAGAAACUUCAUCAUGAGUGUGCUGCCCCCUGUACGAAAAGACCGCAUAAUCGGCCAGCUUCCUAAGUGCUUCAACAAAGGUGCCGCUUUGCAGACAGAGAAUGAUUUCCACGGCAAGGUGAAGACGGCCUGUCAGCAGCAGAGGACUGGUACAGUGGGUAGGUUUAAAAUCUCUAAGGUAAUCGUAGUGGGCGAUCUGGCUGUGGGGAAAACCUGCUUGAUUAAUAGAUUUUGUAAAAAUGUGUUUGACAAGAAUUACAAGGCCACCAUUGGGGUGGACUUUGAGAUGGAGAGGUUUGAAGUUCUUGGGGUGCCCUUCAGUCUACAGUUGUGGGACACAGCAGGACAGGAGAGAUUUAAGUGCAUUGCCUCUACAUACUACAGAGGAGCUCAGGCUGUAAUUAUUGUGUUUGAUUUGACUGAUGUGGCUUCACUGGAGCAUACAAGGCAAUGGCUGGAGGAUGCAAUGAAGGAGAAUGAUCCUACUAGUGUGUUACUCUUCUUGGUUGGCACAAAGAAAGAUCUGAGUUCUCCUGCCCAGUAUGCACUAAUAGAGCAGGAUGCCAUUAAACUAGCAGAUCAAAUGAAAGCAGAGUACUGGGCUCUGUCCGCCUUGUCCGGUGAGAAUGUGAGAGAGUUUUUCUUCCGAGUGGCAUCUUUAACUUUUGAGGCAAAUGUGCUGGCAGAACUUGAGAAAAGUGGAUCCAGACGUAUUGGGGAAGUUGUUCAAAUCAACAGCAACUCAAACAACCUGUGCACAACUUCCAAGAAGAAACAGACCACCUGUUGCCAGUAAAGAAUGACCAUGUGAAAAUCAUGAAAUUUGCACAGACGUAUAGUGGUACCAAAGCAAAACAUAUAUGCAAACUUACAUGUACUUGCAUAGGGAGAAUCUAAAGAAUGAGAACAGUAGGAUGGACAAUAUUUCAACUACAGGAAUGUACAGUGAGCAGUGUGGUUUGUUUUUAAUAGAGUCAAACUGAAUUUCUGCUGGAUAACAGAAAACAUUCUUUCGUUGGAUAUCUUGAGGUUUUCAUUUUUGUGGCAAAGCGGUAUUCUCUUUCCCAAGAGGUCUAUGCACAAUGUAUUCAUUAACUCCCAAGUGUAUUCUGUAUCAGUGAUUAUAGUACUGUAAAAAAAAAUUUUUGUGUUUCAAAUAUCCUUUCUUAGUUUACGGUUGGCAGUUAUUUUAAAAGGUACACAAGAGGAUCAUGCAUGAGUUGCACAAAAAAGCAAUAAACAGUAAUUAUUGUAUUUUUCUAUAUCAGAUAUCCUUUGUUUAAAGGGUAAUCAAGAUUGAAGUUAUAUAAUAAUUACUUCAUCAUAUAGCUUCAAAAUGGUAUUUGCUCUAAAGAUGUUAUAUUAGGACUUUACACAGCUGUAUGCAAAGUUUUUUGUGUUUGCAUUUUUUUUUUUAAACUCUAAAUAAAAUGGAUGGAUGCCUUUUCUUUGUCUUAACUGAGCCAUUUAUUUGAGUACAAGCUAAACCUCACAAUAAACAGGUAGUAUUAUCAGUAUUAUCAAAUUAGUAAUGUUAGGACUGUGAUUAAAUAUUAAUGUUUUUGUUGUUGUUGUUGUUGUUUCAUGUAUAUUGCAUUCAUCAUGAUUUUGUAUUUUCAAGUUAUUAAUACAGAUAGAAAUUAAAAUGUGUUAGUGGCCUCUAGUGGUAAUUGUAGUGUAACAGCCAUAGCAGUCACAGACCAUAUACUGUAUGACCAAGAUGACUGAGCUUAUGCAUUUAGUGAGGAUUUGGCCUUACUUUCAAAUUUAGUCCUUGGGAGUUGUGAAGACACAAUGCUUAUCUAAAACAAUGUUAAGGGUAAUGGGACAAAACAUUUUAAGCCCACAAACAAAGAUCCAUAGAUCUCUGCACAGUAUCAUACUCUGUAUCAAAAAUGCAUGUUACAGCCUCUUGUUAUGCAUUGUUAGUGCAAAUGACUUAAGGGCUGAUGUCAGCUUAAAGGGAUAGUUCACCCAAAAUUGAAAAUUCAUAAUUUACUCACCCUCAUGCCAUCCC